AUGGAAACUGAGUCUUGUCUGACAGACCAGGCCAUCUUGGCCAAGAUCAAUCAGUUAAGAGAGCUGAAUGUUGGCUUGAUUAUCCCUCUCCCUCAGCUCGUUAUUGUCGGAGACCAGUCAUCUGGAAAAAGCUCUGUCCUUGAGAACUUAACCAGAUUUUCUUUCCCUUGUGGUGCGGGCCUUUGCACUUGCUACACAGCGCAGAUUACAUGCCACAAUGAACCCCAGAAGAGUGUCUUCAUAUCCAUUAUUCCUCGUUCCGAUACAGACAAAGCGCUCAAGUUGCGCCUGCUUAAGUUUCAGCGCCGCCUUACGGAGAUUGAUAACAAUGAGCUUGCUAAGAUUUUUGAUGAGGCUCACCGUGUGAUGGACAUCCGUAUGAGCACAGAUGGCUCAGAUACUGGCGUCGGCGCGUUUAGCCGGGACAUUCUUAAGAUCGAAAUCAGCGGACCCGAGCAAAACCAUCUAACAGUUAUUGACGUCCCUGGCAUAUUCCGUGUCCCUACAGAUGGCAAGCAGAUCUUCAUCUUGGCAGGAUGCUCGGUUCGGAACAUCUCCUCUCUUCAGCUGUGGUGA